AUGGCUAAAAGCUUACGGAGUAAGUGGAAAAGGAAGAUGCGUGCUGAGAAGAGAAAAAAGAAUGCCCCAAAGGAGCUCAGCAGACUUAAAAACAUUCUCAAAGUAGAUGGUGAUGUUUUAAUGAAAGAUGUUCAAGAGAUAGCAACUGUUGUGGUACCCAAGCAUUGCCCAGAGAAAAUGCAAUGUGAGGUGAACAAUGAUGAAGAUGACAUGAAAAUGGAGACUGAGGUUAAGAGAAACAAGAAGAGUCUUCUGGAUCAGCAUGGACAGUACCCAGUGUGGAUGAACCCGCGGCAAAGAAAAAAGCUAAAGGCAAAGCGAGAAAAAAAGAAAGGAAAAAACAAAGCAAAAGCGGCGAAGGCAGCGAAAGGUUUAGCCUGGUAG